AUGUGUAAUCACCAUCGAAAAAUUCCUUGUGUAACCCCCCGGAUUGCUUGUGAAUCACCCCAGCUUCUUCCUUGUGUAACUCACUUUCGUUUUCUUGCUUGUGGAUCUCACCCCCGGCUUCUUGCUUGUGUAACUCACCCUCGGCUUCUUCCUUGUGUAACUCACCCCCGGCUUCUUAUUUAUUUAACUUCAUGCCAUAAAUCUUCCUUGUGGAACUCACCCCCUUCUCUUCUUCACUUGUGUGUAACUCACCCCUUUUUUUCUUGCCUGUGGAACUCACCCCCGGCUUCUUCCUUGUGUAACUCACCAUCGGCUUCUUCCUCAUGUGGAACUCACCCCCAGCUUCUUCCUUGUGUAACUCACUUUCGUUUUCUUGCUUAUAACUCACCCCAGCUUCUUCCUUGUGGAACUCACCCCCGGCUUCUUCCUUGUGUAACUCACCCCCGGCUUCUUGCUUGUGGAACUCACCCCUAUCUUCUUCCUUAUUCUUACUUGUGGAACUCAAAUGAAGCUUCUUCCUUGUGUAACUCACCCUCAUAUCUUCUUCCUUGUGUAACUCACCCUCGGCUUCUUCCUUGUGUAAUUCACCCCCGGCUUCUUGCUUGUGGAACUCAAAACCUGGCUUCUUGCUUGUGGAACUCACCCCCUGGCUUCUUCUGUCUUCUUCUUUUAUCUUCAUCUUCUGUAAUAUAUACUUCCUUCUUUUUCUUCUUCUUAUUCUUCUGUAGUAUAUUAUACUUUUUCGCUUCUUCGUCUUUUGUACUCUAUUCUCUCUUUUCAUUUCUUCUCUUAUAUAUUUUAUUGUUUUCCACGUGA